UGGGAGGAGCUGAGAGAAAAGAGUACUUAUUUCAGCCCACAUCUGACAGAUUGUUCUGCUCUGCCUACAACCUGGUCACAGAGAGGAAGAUGAACCAUUCUCACACUACAAAGUCCUGUGUGCUCAUCCUGCUUAUGGCCCUACUGUGUGCACAAAGAGCUCAGGGGCUGCAGUGCUACAAUUGCCUUGGGGUCCCACAUGGGGCUUCCUGCUCAUCAGUAACAACCUGCCCCUACCCUGAUGCAUUCUGUGUGACUCAGGAGAAAGAAGUUACUGUGGGCUUUAUCCCAAGCAAAGUAAGGAGCCACCAUUGCCUUCCCAUUUGCCCUACUGAUAUUGAAAAUGCAAUGAAACUCGGUGCUCCUGUCAACUUGAAGACUUCCUGUUGCAAGAAAGACCUCUGCAAUGCAGCAGUUCCCACUGGAGGCAGCACCUGGACCAUGGCAGGGGUGCUUCUGUUCAGCCUGGGCUCAGUUCUCCUGCAGACCUUGCUGUUAUGAUCCUUCCGCAGACCUCCACCCGUGGCCUUUUAUCCUCCUGUGUAAUCCCUCCUUCCUUGAUCCCUCUAUUGAUGAAUUAUGACUUAUAGAAUCUCUGAGGUGGGAUAGAGUGUGAAAUACCUAAUUUCAACUUCAUAGGCUCUUUAUACCUGGGUAGGUUCCCACUCUUCCCUAGGACUUUCAGAUCUGUACGUCCUGCAAUGCCAUUUUGUUGUGGCUUUCUACUCCUGGCCCUGGAGGCACAUUGACAGCACAGGGAAGAGGCAGAAUUCCAAGGUAUUAUGUCACCACUGUCCACACAUAAAUAUCUGAGAUUCUGCUGGGUUUCCAGGUGUGCCAUCCAAUGUCCAACCUUUGCCUCCAAUAAACCAUUCCUUCUAAAAGCCAA